AUGCAUUUGAAAACUGGAUUAAUAUUUCUGGUCAUUUGUCUUGCUCUCCAAGUUCAAGGAAGCAAAGAAAUCCCUAAUAAAAUAAAUCGUAAUGAAGCCAAAGAGCUUGCAGAAAGAACAACAAAGAGAUCCAGAGUGUCAACCAUCAGGAGGAUAUUUGAUAUGGCAAAGCAUCGGACAAAGAGAUCAUCUAUUUUCCCAACUGGUGUGAAAGUAUGUCCACAAGAAUCAGUGAAGCAGAUUUUAGCCAGCCAUCAAGCGUAUUAUCGGUUAAGAGUCUGCCAGGAAGCUGUAUGGGAAGCCUUUCGGAUCUUUCUGGAUCGGAUUCCUGAUACAAAUGAAUAUCAGAACUGGGUCAAUGCCUGCCAGCGAGAAACCUUUUGCAUAUUUGACAUUGGCAAAAAUUUCAGCAACUCCCAGGAACAUCUGGAGAUAAUCCAACGGCGAGUAAAACAUAGACCCUUCCAGGAAAGGAAAGAUGAAAUAUCUACAGAGAAGACAGGUGGCAAAAAGCUUGAGGACAUUUCUUCCCUUUCUACAGCAGGUGCCCCUAACGUGUCUCCGCCUCCACAUGCAUCAGCUCCUAAUGGCACACUACGCAAUGAAAUUGUCAAUGACACAAAGACUCCUGUGAAGGGACUGGAGCCAGAGGUCACUAAUACAGUCCCAGAACUCCCGGUGGAGCAGAUGGUGGAGUUCAGUGUCACUCUCAUCAAUCAGGAGUACACAACAGAGCUGAAUGAUCCCAACUCCCCACAGUACCAGGAACUAGCGGGAAAAUUUCAACAUCAGAUGCAAAAGAUAUUUGAGAAACUUCCAGGAUUCAAAGAAAUUCAUGUGUUAGGAUUUAGCCGGAAUAUGGAAAAAGAUGGGUCAAGCAACACCGUAGCAAGGUACGUUGUGAAUUUUGAGAGAGACAGCUCAGAAGUAAAAGGCACUGGGGAUGAUAUCUCAACUAUUGGCUCCAAUAAAGUUGAAAAUGAAAAAAGCCCUCUUAGUACAAAGGAAGAGGAGGAGAUACCAGGAAUUAAAUUCACAGUAACAGACCUUCAUCAGCUGGUUGCCAUGGCACUACAGGAAGACCAGUCCUUGAUAAUGGACCUUGGAACACUUCAGUUUACCAAUGAAGCUAUUAAACCAUCUAGUGACUCAGACAAUGAUAUCAAAUCAGUGGUCACCAUUGCUCCAGCAGGCACUGAGUCGGAUGAUGGUUUGAGUGCUGAACUCCCACUAGGUUACCCUAGUCCAGCAAUGGUGGAGCAGACAGGAGAUGAUUUGAUUAGUGAAUAUACCACUGGAGAUAUCAGUGCCCCUGAAAAUUUUAUUUCAUCUAAACCUGCAUUUCCUGCCAAACCCUCAAGUGAACGGGCUAAAGAACAAGAAUCGGAAUCUUUAAAGGAAACUGAAGACAUGAACAUUAUUAUUGACCACCAAAGCUCUACAGUGCCUUUCAGUACUCUGGAUAGCUCCAAUGGCCCUUUAAAAUCAGAGGAUUCUGAUUUACCUCCUCCAGCAGAUGAGUCAGCCAGCAAUGAUUUAAGCACAAGGGAAUCUGAAGUCCCAGCUGAGCAGGCUGUCACACUGGCAGCUUAUACUACACCACCUAACUUUCUGCAACCCAGUGAUCAGAAGAGUGAAGCUGAAAGGAAGAAAGAGCAGACCGUUAGCACAGAUCUGGGAGUCAGUCAGGAAAGUCUAUCUGGACAAGCUGUAAAGAUCAUAGAUCCAUCAGAAUCGUCAGGUGAUGAUAUUUUAUCAACAGACAGAACUUUGCCUUUCUUUAUUGAUUCAAGUGACCACUCCACCCCCCUGCCUGAAGAAGUCGUCAUAGCCACGUUACCCACUGACCAAAUCACACUACUGCCAGCAAUGACUAGUCCACCUCACAGCCACUCCAUUAUUAUAGACCAGUCCUUUGAAAUAACAGGUUCACCAGUGCCAGCAGCUGAGAGUAGCAUCCCUACUGGCUUCGAAACAGGAGUUCAGGAUAUUGCUGCAGAACUGGAUAGAGUCAACACGAUGAGCACAGUAAGAAUGGAUGAAGGGGAGUAUGGCAGUGGAUAUAUUUCUGGGUUGGAGAGCCAACCAGCAGAAGCCACCCUAGCUCCUACAUUGAAGUAUGUAACCACUAGCUCCAUGACAACGGCAGCCAAAGGCAAAGAGCUAGUGGUCUUCUUCAGCCUGAGAGUAACCAACAUGCAUUUUUCUGAUGACCUCUUCAACAGGAGUUCUCUGGAAUACAGGGCACUAGAGCAACAAUUCAUGCAGCUGCUGCUUCCAUAUCUUCAGUCCAACCUUACAGGUUUUAAGCAAUUGGAAAUACUUAACUUCAGAAAUGGAAGUGUGAUUGUAAAUAGCAAAAUGAAGUUUGCUAAGACAGUUCCAUACAAUAUCACAGAAGCUGUGCACUGUGUUUUGGAAGACUUUUGCGAUGCUGCAGCCCAGCGCCUGAAUUUGGAAAUUGACAGCUACUCUCUUGAUAUUGAGCCAGCUGAUCGAGCGGACCCAUGCAAAUUCAUGGCAUGUGAUGAAUUUUCAGAGUGCAUAACAAAUGAAUGGACAAAAGAGGCAGACUGCCUUUGUAAACCUGGUUACGCAAGCCGAGAUAGACUCCCAUGUCGGAGUCUAUGUGAGAUGCAGCCACAUCUUUGUGUUAACGGUGGAAAAUGUGAAUUAGUUCCAGGAAAAGGAGCUGUCUGCAGAUGCCCUGUACGUAGGCACCGGUUUUACCAAGGAGAGCGCUGUGCAAAGUUUGUUCCAGAACCUAUACAACCCUUCAUUUUAAAAGCGGUGGUUCUUAGCUUAUUAAGCCUUCUUUUUCUUGUCAUCAUUUUAAUUGUUAAGAUAAGAAGAAAAUGCAAAAACCAGACUAAUUUGGAAGAUCCUGCUCCCAACAACCAUGGCACAGAAAAUGCUGUAAGAAUUAAUCCCAUUUUUGAACAUGAGCCCAUCUCUAGCUUUUGCCGUAUGCCUUGUAGUGUAAGUGCUUAUGUCAGUUCUUCAGAGAUCACUAACCAACGAAGAUUACACAAAUAUGAAAAAACUACUCAGUGUGAAGGUCACCAGAUGAUAUUACAAAACCAAGACUGACAAGUUAGUGUCUGGAAUUAUGGAGUUCCAGCAUCAGACAGAUAAGAUAAAGGUAUUCAGAAACAAGUUCUGCAUUAUUCAAGACUGGCAUUCAGGCUAAACUAUGUAUAUGGGCAAAUUUGGGGAUUACAGAAAGUUUUACAAUUUUCUGUUGAAAUUGAAGCACACAUCAAAUGAAAGUCACUGUUUUGUUAACGGAAAGCUGCAGACACUUUGGUCAGUGCAACAGU